AAAAAGGAGACAAUUUGAUGCAGAAUAAUAUGAAGACGGCGCGUGUGUGGUCGUGACAGUGGUGUAGAGGAGCGAGUGAGCUGAAAGCCGAGGGAGGCAUGGCCGGCAUUCGAAUGAUAGAUAUAGCCGUCAACUUCACAGAUGGCAUGUUUAAGGGAAUCUACAACGAAUGCUUUGAUGCCUAUAGUGUAACCGGUGGAUCCUUGGAGGAAUCGAGGGAAGCACUUGCAAUUGCUGAAACUGAUGGACGACUGUUCUGCACAGUCGGUGUGCAUCCGACACGUUGCAAGGAAUUCGAGGAGAGUGGAGAUCCAGAAAAUCAUUUCCAGGCUCUUGUGUCAUUAGCUAAAGAGGGAAUUCAAAAAGGAAAGGUCGUGGCGGUUGGAGAAUGUGGGUUGGACUAUGAUAGACUUCAUUUUUGCCCUUCAGAGAUUCAAAAGAAGUAUUUCGAAAAGCAGUUUGAAUUAGCACAUAUCACAAAACUACCUAUGUUUUUACACAUGCGAGCAGCUGCUGCAGACUUCUGUGAAAUUGUUGAGAAAAAUAAGUACAGGUUCACUGCCGGAGUUGCACAUUCUUUUACUGGUAGCACGGAUGAUUGCAAUAAGCUUCUUUCCUUCGAUAACAUGUACAUAGGCAUAAAUGGGUGCUCUCUCAAGACAACUGAGAACCUUGAUGUUGUGAGGGAUAUUCCUGUUGAGAAAAUGAUGAUUGAGACAGACUCACCGUACUGUGAAAUCAAGAAUACUCAUGCUGGAAUUAGUUUUGUUAAAUCUACAUGGCCUUCAAAGAAGAAAGAGAAAUAUGAUCAAGAGUGCAUUGUCAAAGGCCGCAAUGAACCCUGUUUAGUUAGGCAAGUUCUUGAGGUGGUUGCAGGCUGCAAAGGCAUCAAUGAUGUCGGUAAUCUCAGCAAAACAUUGUACCACAAUACUUGCAGGGUUUUCUUCCCUCAAGACUUGGAUUCUGCAGCUGAUGCUCUUCUUGCUGGCGCUAAUUCUUCAUAAAGACUCAUCUGCUUCUUCGGAGCUGUUCGGCCGUCCAAUUCCUCAUUGUGUUGAGAAAGCUGGGAAUCAGUGUGGAAAGCGACAUAUCAUAACGCGUUUUCCAGAUGGCAGUUUCCUUAGUGUGACAGAUCAUUGCAUUCUAUGUUAACGAACCUGCUACUGUAAACUUAGAAUGAUUUUAUACAGCAACAAACUGAAAGACUUUAUUUUCAUACUCAUUGUGUAUUUACAAACCUGUUGUUUACAAUGGUAGAAAUUGAUCUUAAAGUAUUGUGUUGAGGGUUAUUCUGUUGA